AUGGAGGUCGAUGAGGGCCUACUUCAGUUGAUACCUCAUCGAUUCAAAGUGUGGAUCCGUCACGGUCCCAACGAUAUUCGGGAGGGACCCUUGGAUGGCUUUGACGGACCUGCCGUCGAUGAUGAGUAUGUGGAGCAUCCCGAUCCUGUCGUGGAUGCCAAUGUUAUAGCUAACAUCGAGGCGAACCAGUUAACCGAGGAUGAGCAAGAGCCCAAAGUUGAGGAGGUAGCUGACCAGCUAGACAUCGACAUUCGUAAUGGUGUCGUAGUGGACCUGGAUCUCAAGCAGUACAACACGGCUCGCCUCGUCAAACUUCCCUUGGCGCUCUUUUUCUCCAUGUCGCGCCUUUUCUCUCUCCCUCCUUCCCCGGCCUCUCCCGCGUUGGACCGCUCCGAGGACGCGCUCCAGAAGGCCCUCGACCACAAGCAGGCCAGUGGGGCGCCGAAGCCGGAGAUCGGCGCCGUCAACGCGGUUCCGAACGACCUCGAGAUCGAUGAGGCCAGCAUCGAGAGGCAGGUCCAAGACGGCGUGUCCGGCGCCGGCGACGUCCCCCUCACGAGGGAGGCGGAACGUCUGCGGGACGCGCUCCUGAAGGCCCUCGCCCACAAGCAGGCCAGCAGGGCGCCGAAGCCGGAGAUCGGCGCCGCCAACGCGGUUCUGAACGACCUCGAGAUCGAUGAGGCCAGCAUCGAGAGGCAGGUCCAAGACGGCGUGUCCGGCGCCGGCGAGUCCCCCACGAGGGAGGCGGAACGUGUGCGGGUCAUCAACACGCCGGGGAGCCGCCGGUUCUACCUUCCCUCGUCCGACUUUGACCACUUCGGAGUCAAUUCCAACGUCUUCACCUUCUGGCGUGAGCAUUUUCGUCUCGAGGAGGACAUGUUCCCUCAAGUCUGUUUCCUCACGGAGUAUCCCCUUAAAGCGUGGGACGUCGUGGAGAGUUUUGGCGACCUUCUGGUGAAGGAUGUGAAAACUGGGGCUUGCUAUCGAGCUGACGAUGUGCUUGAAGAUUUUUGUACUGAGGAGCUCCAAAAGGAUUUGGGCAUUAAGAAGGCUGCCGAACUCAAGCAUGUACUUGCAACUUUGAGAUCGGGUGAUCUCAGUGUUCAUGAAGUGGAUGCCGAGAUAAAAGAAUAUGGUGUCACGGCUCCACACACCAAAAAUCCUCUCUCUGAGCCCUAUACGUCCAUUGGUACUUUGCUUAUCCCUGAGCGCAAGUCACCUAAAACUGCACUAGGCAUUCUUCGUACUGUCAAAUGUUUCAAAGCCCUCCUUCGAUGUAACAACUUUAAACUCCCCUUUUCUGUUGAGCAGCUUGGGAAGGGUGUGUGUCAUGAGGUUCCUCACCAUGGCCUAGGUUUUUAUAGAUUUCGUAAGUUCAUUCUUGCUGAGAUCGAGCAUUUUGUCGAUCCCGAAGAUAAAUCCCAUCCAAAGUUUUCUCGAGUUGCAGAUCUGGAAUUGUUUAUGCUCUCCAGGGAACAACAAAUUUCUGGCCAAGCAGCUAUUAAAACUCGGCUUGGCGAAGCAGUUUCAAAGGGAACUGUUAACAAUGAGACUCUCGGCUACUUCAUUGGGAGAGUAUAUCUUUUUUUAACUCACCUCGGGAUAGACAAGGAUCGCUUGCGGUUUAGGCAGCGUCUUGCAAACGAAAUGGCUCUCUGUGGAGCAGAUUGUUGGGAUGCUGAAAUUGAGUGUUCCUAUGGUUGGAUUGAGUGUGUUCUUACUUCAGAUGGGUCAACAUAUGAGUUCCAAUCAUUUACGAAGAAAUGUGGAGCGGCUUUUGUUGCCAGUAAAAAAGUUGCUGAACCUAGAGAAGUGGAGAAACUGGUAAUUGUUCCAAACAAGAAGGAACUAGGUCUUGCCUUUAGGGGAAACCAAAAGAUGGUGGUUGAAGUUUUGGAGGCAAUGGGUGAAGAGGAAGCUUUGCGGUUGAAGGCUGCUUUAGAAGCCAAAGGAGAGGCAGAAUUUCUGGUAUGCACGAUGGGGAAGAGUGUAAUAAUCAAGGAUAACAUGGUCAAUAUUUCGAAGCAGAAGAUGAAGGAAGAUCGGAGGGUUUUUACGCCGUCUGUUAUUGGAUCGUCUUUUGGCAUGGGACGCAUAAUAUACUGCCUAUUUGAGCAUUCUUUCUAUACAAGGCCCAGCAAAGCAGGAGAUGAACAACUAAAUGUGUUGCGCUUCCCUCCAUUUGUAGCACCUAUCAAAUGUACCAUUUUGCCAUUGAUACAGAAGCCAGAGUAUGAGUCAGUUGCUCAACUGAUUAGCAAAUCACUGACUGGCAUAUACCGGACUGAUGCUCGUGUUCCGCAUAAGAUUGACAUAGGCAUCCCCACAUGGAAAAGAGAUACGAGAUUCGUUACAGGCAACACCAUAGGGAAGAGACAUGCGGUUUGCGAUGAGUAUGGUGUGCCUUUCACGAUCACUGUCGAUUCUCAAGUUGAUGUGACCAUACGAGAGAGGGACAGCAGGGAUCAGGUUCGAGUAGGAGUGGGGGAAGUGGUCUCAAUUGUGAAGGAAUUGAUUGAUGGGCGCAGGACCUGGUCCGAUGUACGGAUGAUGUACGGUGGAGUUUCCGCAUCUGCCGAAGAAAAUGAAUAGUUGGGUUACGGAUAU